UACUCACAUGUUAAACCUUCUCCUGUGCUGAGCUGCACACUGCUGACUGCUCCCAGGCUGCAAGGUGCUUAGUAGUAGCAGGCUGCACCACUUCUCCAGCUGUUCUUCCUUCAGAGAAUCAUAGCUGUCUUCUUCAGGAGUCAGAGACAGAAGCAACCUGAUGCCAAACAGACAGCUGGGACCACAAAGGUAAGCCACAGAUCUGUUUGCAGUGCGACCAGGAAAAGUGCUAUUUAAUACCUUGUGACAAGACCAGAGUGAAGUAAAGAUGUCCCUUGGAAGUGGCACUUUAUUCCUUUUGGUGGCUGCGAUGGGAUCAGUAUCUGGAGGUGGACCAGCAGGAGGAGGAUAUCCUCAAAUGAAAUAUGUAAAUCCAAUGAUGAAAGGACCUUUGGGGCCACCAUUUAGGGAAGGAAAGGGACAAUAUUUAGAUAUGCUACCAAUGCUUCCAAUGGACCUUAAGGGAGAACCUGGACCAGCUGGACAACCUGGUCCACGGGGACCACCUGGGCAUCCUGGACCACCUGGGAAGCCAGGAAUAGGAAAACCUGGAUUACAAGGCAUGCCAGGACCUUCUGGCCCCCCUGGUUUAUCUAGCAUCGGAAAAUCAGGUUUACCAGGUAUGCCUGGCAAAAUUGGACCUAAAGGCCUACCUGGCUCAAAGGGGGAACCUGGAAUGAGGGGAGAGCAAGGACCUAGAGGGCUGCCUGGAUCUUCUGGAAUGCCUGGUCCUUCAGGAAUCUCAUCAAAUGGAAAACCAGGUGUUCAAGGUGCUCCAGGGCAGACAGGUGUCAGGGGUGAACCUGGUCCAAAAGGCGAGCCAGGACUUCGUGGUGAGAAAGGCAUUAAAGGAGAUGCUGGGCUUGGAAAACCAGGACUGCCUGGUAUUCGUGGCCCUGUGGGCCAACCUGGUCCAUUAGGCCCACCUGGUCCAGUAGGUAAUGGCAAACCGGGACUUGAUGGAUUACCAGGAGGCAGAGGGGAUAGAGGUGAUCUUGGUCCACCUGGUCUACCAGGAGUUGUCGGCCCACCAGGACCACAGGGCCCACAAGGUAAACCUGGCAUUGAUGGAAUUGGUAAACCAGGUAUAGAUGGAUUACCAGGACUACAAGGGCCAUUAGGUCCUAAAGGGGAACCAGGUAUAAGAGGCUUACCAGGGAUGCCAGGGCCCCCAGGGUAUGGAAAACCAGGUCUUCCUGGUUUGAAAGGUGAUAGAGGACCUGCUGGAGUACCUGGAGGAAUAGGAGAUAAAGGAGAGCCAGGGUUAGAUGGUGAACCGGGUGAGCAGGGGCCACAAGGUAUUAUAGGACCUCCAGGAUUUCCGGGAUCUCUUGGAUUGCCAGGAAAAAAUGGUUUACCUGGCUUGAAAGGUGACAUUGGGCCUCCUGGGCCCCUUGGUGCAACUGGAAUUCCAGGAAAUCAGGGCCCCAGUGGAUUUGUAGGCAAACCAGGUGUUCCAGGUGAAAGAGGACUUCCAGGUCUGAAAGGACUUCCAGGGCCAAUUGGACCAAAAGGAGAGGGAGGACUAAUGGGACUACCAGGUUUGCCUGGUCAAAUAGGUGGCCCAGGGUUAAAAGGAGAAGGGGGAUUUCCAGGGCAACCAGGCCCUAGGGGUCCAGCUGGUAUUCCGGGUCUGCAAGGAUCUUCUGGCCCCAUUGGGCCACAAGGAUUACCAGGAUUAAAAGGAGAGCCUGGCAUACCUGGGUUACCUGGAAAUAGCAUCAAUGGUCAGUCAGGUCCAAUUGGCCCUGUAGGAUCACCUGGGGUUCCAGGACCACCUGGUUUAAAUGGCCAACCUGGACAACCUGGUCCACCUGGACCUCCAGGUCCACCAGGAAUCUAUAGUGAAGGCACCAUUGCUGGCUUGCAUUUGCCAGAAGGAGGUGUGGAAGGGGGCACAGUAGGCAAUGAAAAACCUGGAAAGCCUCAGUAUGGCACUGGAGAACUUUCUGCCAAAGUAGCCCCAGCAUUCACUGCCAUCUUAACUACAUCAUUCCCACCUUCUGGCAUGCCAAUAAAAUUUGAUCGGACUUUGUACAACGGCCAUAACAGUUAUAAUCCUCUUACUGGGAUAUUUACUUGUUCUAUUCCCGGAAUUUAUUACUUUGCCUACCAUGUCCACGUCAAAGGAACCAACAUCUGGGUUGCUCUUUACAAGAACAAUGUACCUGCUACUUACACAUAUGAUGAAUACAAGAAAGGGUACAUGGACCAAGCCUCUGGGAGUGCAGUGUUAGAACUCAAGGAAAAUGACCAAGUUUGGGUCCAGAUGCCCUCAGACCAAGCAAAUGGGUUAUAUUCAACAGAGUACAUCCAUUCUUCAUUUUCUGGCUUUCUUCUUUGUCCCACAUAAUGGACUUCCAAAAAUAUUUCUAGCCCUAGUAAUAAACUAUCUUUAAAAAUUACAUGCAACACAAUGACAGACUGUCUACACUUAUAUAUCGACUGGGAGAAAAGAUGAAUACUUGUUUAAGAUGCUGAAACAAGACUUUUAAAGUAAUCACAAUAUCCCCCAGUGACAUAAAAAUCAGAGUAGACCCACAAGCUUGUGGAAAGAUGACUAUGCUACGCCAUUGAUCUUCAGCUUACACGUUGUUGGAACCUUAAAUGUUCCAUAAUAUUGAUAAAAUUUAUUAUUUUGUGGAUUUUUCUAUAAUUUUUCUGUACCUGCUUUAUAUGUUCUAUAGAAUUUUUGUUGUAAAACACUGCAUCAACACAAUGUAAUGAGGAUGACCUUGUCAGAUAUUAUUGGUUUAAAAGUUUCAUCUACAGCCCCAUUACAUGUUUUUCUCAUAUAUUUUCCACUGGUUUUUUUUCUACCUACAAAAAUAAUAGAAGCAUUUCUAGGAAAUAAAGCAAAUGUCUGAAUGUUUAAAGAGAAACACAAACUGUGAGUAUGUGUGAUAGGGUUUUCCUUCUGUAGAGUAGUAGCUGCAGACUCUUGGUUUCCUCCAAAACUGUCAGUGGCUUUUAGCCACUUUGGAUUUUUUUUCCAUGAUAAGCUUUGCCCAAUAAAAAAAAAAAGAUUAAAAAUAUUUUUUAAGUUAAAUCUUUAAGGAGAAAGUUAGUAGAAAAGUAAAUAUAGCAUAGUACUUUAGUUACUUCGGCAAACAUUUUUUUCAAGGACCCAUGAACUGAUGAAUUAUGAGAUGUCCAUAACCAACUGCCACUUUUACAAGCUGUUAUCUACUAUCCCUAUUGUAAUUUAUGUUAUUUUGGACAGUUGAGUUUAAUCACCUCCUAUAUAUCUUAUGCAAUAAUGCACUAACAUACUCAUGGUACCUGACAUAUGGCCUUCUGUUAUAUUUGGUUAUUACAUAGAAAUCCAAUAUAAAGAGCGGUAUCACAGUGUUCGGUAUAAGACUGUAUUUCCCUCACUGCUGAACCAUAGAUUUUUAUAAAUCACAAUCUGCUGUGAUUUACCCACUAGUACGUGAAUAUUUGUAGAUUUAAAAUGGAAGGAAGCCUACUUCAUUGGCUACAUGUUUAUUCCACAUUGAAACCAAGAAUGUGAUCUAAAGCAUCCUCACCAUCAGCCGGAAAACUUUGUAGUUAGCUGUUCCAUGGCUCGUCUUUUUUUUUUUUUUUUUAUGAUGCUUAUAUUUUUUAAAAAUAUGAAAUUUUUUGAGUGGUAAGAGAGUGUUGGUUUACUGUUUCUCUUCACCAUUCAGUGCCUUUUAAUAAAUGACUGUUCAUUGUAAUCAUUUUUUUACUUUAUUAUCCAAUUGCAAUGGUGCUAUGCCCCACCUACCAAUGUUAUAUAUUAAUAUAGUGCAAUAUUAUUCUUAAAAAAAAAAACUGCAUCUUUGGUUUAUAAAAAUAUCAUUCCUGUUUUGUCCUGCUAAUAUUAAUGGAUUUUGCAUUGAUAAUGCUUGAACUGUAAUGGAAUUUUGGGUAAGGAGAUAUGUUAUUGCGCAUCUUACUUUAACCUACUCACUGCACCAUUAGGCUGUGAAAAUGCCGGUUGACCAGGGUUAUCUUGCAGAGAAGUGGUUAAUGAUCACGGGUCAAACAUAAGCCCCCCUACCUAUUGAUAGUUUUCAAAAUGCACCUCCAUAUAGUGUGCAGACAGAGUGUUUUGCUACUACCAGAGGAGAAGAAUAGCUUAAUAGAGCAAACAUUAAAGAGGUUGUUCGGCUGGUAGUAUUUUUUUAUUUAAAAUAAAAGGGCUGGAGUAAAAAGACAAAGUCAUACCUCACCAAUCCCCACCAUUCUCUUUCCAGUGCUUCCCAAGUCCCCACUCUACUUCAUGGUCCUGGUUCCUCUACUGGCUGAGUUGGGUCAUCAUGGCAGCCAGUGAUUGGCUAAGUAGUCAAUUCCUGUGUGUCAAGAGGGACUAGGAAAUCAGCAGUGUUCUGAAUGGUGUUAAAAAUGGAGUGGUCAGGGAUCUGAUUUUGUAUCCCUUUCUGAUGCUUGUUUCCAAAAGUUUUACUGGGUGGACAGAUAAAAAUAAUUUUAGUUUCCUGUGUAAAAGGCCCAUCGGUCAGUCGGUCAGUUGGCUGGUCGUCAAGCUAGGCAACUCAUUUGUGGGAUCAUAAAAAUGAUCUUUUCUUGGUAGCACAUUUCUCUGUGUAAACAGGGGAUGUGCUAUCAACAAUAAUGAAAUAGGAUGCUUAGUCUCAUUCACUUUACCAAGCAGAACCCGUAAACAAGAGUAGCACAGUUUCUGGGAGAAAAAUGCAGCCCCAAUCUUACAAUACUUAAAAGGGUAUCCCCAUCAGGGACAUUGAAAGCAUAUCGCUAGGAUUUGCCAUGAAUGUCAGAUAGGUGCAGGUCCCAUCUCUGUAAUCUAUCUCCACAAAGUGGCUCCUGAAAUUGAAGGGAGAGCAGCUGGCAUGUGUGGCCACCCUCUGUUCACCAUUAUAGGAGCUAUUUUGGGCAAUUCUAUAGAAGUGAAUGGACAGUUGGUUGUGCUUGCGUGGCUUUCAACACUAUUUUUUUAAGUCCUAGAGCGGUGAAUGGAGAGCAAGCUGCUCAUGUGUUGAGUGCUCUUCUUCACUUCAUGGGCCCUGUUCUGGAGAUAAGAGUGAGACCUGCACCUAUCUGAUAUUUAUGACUUAUCCCAGAUGGAAAUAGACCUUUAACAUACUUAUGGUUAUGGAAAAAGGAGCAUGUGUUAAUUCAUCUCUUUCUACAGCUUCACCUGUACUUCUCAAUGUGAACAACGACCAUCUAGAAGACUACCUGAACCUUUAUGUUCUCCAAGUGUCACAGCACAACUGUUUGGUUAACGAUGAUAUUUUUGUUACUUUUCAAGAAAUAAAAUGUGGUCUUGUCACCUUUCCAUUACUAACCAAAGUGUUUUAUGGCAUGUACAACAAUGAUAAGACUGUCAUCAGAGCUGCACCAUACUAACUUUUGUAGGGUUUUCUCUAGCCAAGUAAUAAUCAACCAUCAUUAAUCAAACAGACAAAUAUAUUACUUGAAUCUGUUCCCAACAAGAAGUGAUACUUGUUCUGCUUCCAUCAAAAAUAUUAGGGUAAUUAUGAAGUGAACAUUUCUAAGAAAGCCAAUUAAAGUAAUAGGUUGAAUAACAAUGUCAAGAGAAGCUCAGCAGAACUCUAGAAUCUGUUGUCUGACACAGCAAUAUGAAUGGUGUCCUGCUGGGGAAUUGCCCUGUUCUGCAUUCUAUAUGGGCCUCUGUUUGUGGGUGGCUGAAACAGGAUUUCUGUUGGGGGGCUUUCCUGUCCAGCCAGAGCUGACUGCCUAUGUUUUUGCUGACUGAAUAACAUAGAGACAGUUUCCUAAUAAAAUAUCUAAACUCUG